AUGAACUCCUCCUCUUCCUCCUCCGUAACAGAGGCCUCGUGCGCCAGGAUGCGCCCUCUUCCAGUCCACCCAUCGCGGCUGCUGCCCCAUCAACAGAUGCAUCGCGAGGGCCCUGUGCCAAGGGCGCCGGGGGAGCGCGAGCCGGACUUCUAUGAGCGCAUGACGCCGCGGAAUCAGCGGCUUACGCAGCUUUAUGUGUUCGCGGCGGUCGCGUCGGCGGUGGGGUUAUAUUUGUUGGUGUGGAGUCUCGGGUUGAUCAAGUCGGAGAAACUGUUCAGUGAGGCUGCGAAGACGCACUUGUUGGCGUCGUAUGAGUGGGCUGGGUAUGGGUUGGUUGUUGCUGCUCUCGUGGCUACGGUAUUAUUGAGCUUUGCCAACAUAUUACGCAUCCUCUCCGUCGAAUCGCCGCUCCCAGAAAUUUACGCUGCAGCUGCCACUGCCGCCAUCUCUGCGCUCGUUGUUAUCUUCGGCAUCAUCAGCUACUCUACCACCGUCAACGCAGGCGCCGAAGACGGCAUCCCGUACGACGUCUGUACCGCCCCCGGCGCCGACCCCUGGAAGCGCCUCCCCUGCAACGCCGCAAGCAAGAAGCGCCUCCUAGUCCAGCUGGGCGGGCUCAUAUGUGCAGGAGCAGCCGCCAUCUUGUGCUUCUUGUUAUGCGUGCUGCACGUGAGCGAGUUCCGGAAUGAGAGGAGUCAGGGGGGACUCUAUGUAAGGACGAGGGGAUAUACGAGGCUUAGUCUUAACCCGUAUGAGGUCCAAGAUGAGGAUGAGGACGUGGGUGCUGCCGGACCGAGUGUGCAUCUCAAGUGA